AUGAGAACUCAUACGAGAGAAAAACCUUAUAGUUGCUCGAUAUGCCAAGGAAGUUUUUCUCGAUUAGGUGAUUUAAAAAAACACGAGAGAACUCAUACUGGAGAAAAACCUUAUAGUUGCUCUAUAUGCCAAAGAAGUUUUCAUCAAUCAGGCCAUUUAACAAGACACAUGAAAACUCAUACAGGAGAAAAACCUUAUAGCUGCUCUUUAUGCCAAAGAAGUUUUUCUGAAUCAGGCAAUUUAACAAAACACAUGAAAACUCAUUCAGGAGAAAAACCUUAUAGUUGCUCGAUAUGCCAACGAAGUUUUUCUCAAUUAGGUGAUUUAAAAAAACACACGAGAACUCAUACUGGAGAAAAACCUUAUAGUUGCUCUAUAUGCCAAAGAAGUUUUCAUCAGUCAGGCAAUUUAACAAAACACAUGAAAACUCAUUCAGGAGAAAAACCUUAUAGUUGCUCUUUAUGCCAAAGAAGUUUUUCUCAAUCAGGCCAUUUAACAAAACACAUGAAAACUCAUACAGGAGAGAAACCAUAUACUUGCUCUAUGUGUCAAAAAAGUUUUACUGAAGCAGAGGGUCUCAGAAAACACAUGAUAACUCAUACAGGAGAGAAACCUUAUAAUUGCUCUGUAUGUCAAAGAAGUUUUUCUCAAUCACAGGCUCUCAAAACACACAUGAGAACUCAUACAGGAGAGAAACCAUAUACUUGCACUAUAUGUCAAAGAAGUUUUUCGCAAUCACAGGCUCUCAAAGCACACUGGGGAACUCAUACGGGAGAGAUAUAUACUUGCUCAAUAUGUGAAAAGGGUUUUUCCCAACCAAAAUAUUUAAAAGCUCACAUGAUAACUCAUACAGAAGAGAAACCAUAUACUUGCUCUAUAUGUCAAAGUAGUUUUUCGUAUCAGUAUGCUCUCACAAGACACAUGCGAACUCAUACUGUAGAGAAACCAUUUACUUGCUCUAUAUGUCAAAAGAGUUUCUGUCAAUCAAGUUAUCUCAAAAUUCACAUGAGAACUCAUACAGGAGAGAAACCAUAUUCUUGCUCUAUAUGUCAAAAGAGUUUCUGUCAAUCAAGUUAUCUCACAAUUCACAUGAGAACUCAUACAGGAGAGAAACCAUAUUCUUGCUCUAUAUGUUCAAGAAGUUUCUCUAAAUCAUUUGAUCUCAGAAGACACCAGAAGAGAAACCAUUCACUUGCUCUAUAUGACAAAUAAGUUUUUCUCAAAAACGUUAUUUGAAGACUCACAUCGGAACCCAUACAGGAGAGAAACCUUACAUAUGAUCUAUAUGUCAAAAGAAUUUAUAUGUUUCAGGACUACUCUCACACGACACGUGAACG